AUGUCGAACUUGUAUUUUAAUUUUACCGAGCUGAUUGUUGCAGAUAGAGUUAUGGGAACGAACAUCUUUCUCUUUGUGAACACAUCGAUGAGGUGGAAAAAAACCUCGGGCGCGUUGAUGUUAAUACUGAAAUCGGCGGAAAGUAUGCACGGAGCCAGCGAGAGCGAACAACUACGAUGGCCAAGUACUAGCUCGAGCAGUCAGCAGCGUCGUGUGGUGUUUGUGGUAUAAGGUUUCUUCUGCUCUUGUGGCCAAGUCUGAUGCCAGGAGGGGACGCGGUUGUAGCUUCGCUUUCCGACCGUUUCUCGGGAACACGUGUCUCGGUGCCCUAAUCUGAUCUGUGUAUUGAAGCUUCACCUGUAGCUCUAGCUACUUCAUCGAUGAGUACAGGGAAAACUUGUCCUCGUCCUAGUCUUCACUGCGUGCUUCCGGGCCCUGGAAACACUCAGUGAGUGUCUAACUACGCUCAAUAUCCAUCGGUGAAAACAAAAGCGCUGUGAUCGUCGUGGGUGUGGGUGCCGGGCGAGGAGCUUAUAUUUCUUUAUGUUGCGUUGAUUAUGAUUCUGAUUAUUAUAUCGUUCGUACCUCCUAGCCACGUGCAUUAUAUUUCGAAGCCGGUGUCGAUGCAGCACGUGUAUUGCUGCAAUUAACCAAGGUCACGCGGAGGUGCCGUAGCACUUUUUCCGAAAAUGAGUCGCAAGGGUCGAAGGGCAUAUCCGUAUCCCGAUGGGAUUAGAAACUUCUCAACAUACAUGUGAAUGAGUGUCAUCAUCUCGUUCAUUUUCACAUUACCACCAGAACACACCUACUUGCAACUACCACCAGUGCUUUUUUUUAGCUUGUGAUAGUGUUUGUUUGUUUCACAAUGCCGCGAUGGGUUCUUGUUGUAGCAUCUCCUCCAGCUUACGAAAAGGCCAGAUGAAGGGCUGAAAACGAGCUGUAGCCACUUGUUUCUUGUUCCAUCUUUGGGCUUCUUUCAACACCGAUGGUGCAGAGCGUAUGAAAUAAGAGUAAGUAAGAAGGCCUGAAGAUUCGAACCGCCGACGGUGCAUCUAGAACUAAAAAAUGAACAUGCACAGCACAUCAAGCAGCAUUGUUUUUUCAUCAUGACGGAGCCAGCAGCAGUUCAACUUGUGCCAGACCGUGCGGGUGCGUGUUAGGGAGCCGUGCUUUGCUGCGUCACCCGGAAGCCUGGAGCAGUAUAUCUUCGCUCGUCGGGAUGAGCUCGGGCGGCCCUUUGUCCAUCUAGAUGAACUUGCGCCUGCUAUCUCCCCGCUCCAUUUUCGGAUUCGCAAGUUCUGCGAGUGUGACGACGAGUCCUGGUGGUGCGUCCUCUGCUCUGCUACUUUCCAACACGAACAAAGUUGCUGACCCUGCCGAGGCGGCGUUCUGGGAGGGCGAAUUAGUCUUUUGGGGCUUCCUGUUACUCGGCGUUCUCGUUGGCGGCUGUACUAGCAGCGGCGUUUUUGGCACCUCCGGUAGCUUCCCGCCCCAGCAGGCAGUCUCGCGCCCAUUUUCAUCCAGUUCCUUUGCACCGAACAUCAACGGGGAAGAU